ACUCUGCGCUGGUGGCGGCAGCGGCCCGAGCGAGAGGAAAAGAUGCUAGAACCACAGGAGAAUGGCUUGGUUGACCUACCAGAUUAUGAGCGUAUAGAAGAUGAAACUUUUCCUCCGUUCCCACCUCCAGCCUCUCCAGAGAGGGAAGAUGGUGAAGGCGCUGAACCUGAAGAAGAGUCAGGGAGAGGAGCGCCUGUUCCAGUACCUCCGAAGAGAACAGUUAAAAGGAAUAUACCCAAGCUGAAUGCUGAGAGAUUAAUUUCAGAGAGAGGACUCCCAGCAUUAAGGCAUGUGUUUGAGAAGGCAAAAUUCAAAGGUAAAGGUCAUGAGGCUGAGGACUUGAAGACACUAAUCAGACACAUGGAGCACUGGGCACACAGGCUAUUCCCUAAACUGCAGUUUGAAGAUUUUAUUGACAGAGUUGAAUAUCUGGGAAAUAAAAAGGAAGUUCAGACCUGUUUAAAACGAAUUCGACUUGAUCUCCCUAUUGUACAUGAAGAUUUUGUAAGCAAUAAUGAUGAAGUAGAGGAAAAUAAUGGCCACGAUGUAACUGCUACCGAAUUAGAUCCCUUUCUGACAAACUCAUACGGAAGUGUAGAGUUUGCUUCUGAGUCCAGUAGAAGCCUAACAGAAGAACAACAACAAAGAAUUGAGAGAAAUAAACAACUGGCCUUGGAAAGAAGACAGGCAAAGCUACUGAGUAACAGUCAGUCCCUAGGAAAUGACUUGUCAGUGAGCACACCCAGCACACACACACCUGAAGAGGGCAGUGCAGGUGCGGCGCAAAAGGAGGAAGGAUCAAAUGGAUUUAACAAAGACCUAGACAGUCCACAUAAUGCUGGUGCUGCCAGUGCUGUGAAAGAAGAGGAGUUAAAAGGCGAGAAAACGCAGCUGGACCAAUCCUGUUAAAAUGUACGGUAGUAACUUAAGGCUUCAUCUAGAAAUGUUCCUCAGGUUGGAUAGGCCUCAGCUGAGAACAUCUGUUAACGUGCUGUCUUCCAAAUUUGAGAUGACGGUGCAGUGCAUUUUGUUUGCUUUGAGUGAACAUCUUUAUAUAGUGAAACUUUUAGACUCCUGUUUAAAAUCUGGCAUUAUUUUAAUUAUGUUAUGUGCUCAGUUGUGUCUGACUGUGACCCCCAUGGAUUGUAGCCCGCCAGGCUCUUCUGUCCAUAGGGUUUUCCAGGCAGGAAUCACUGGAGUGGGUUUGCCAUUUCCUCCUCCAGGGGAUCUCGACCCCAGGAUCAAGCCUGAGUCUCCAGUGUCUCCUGUACUGCAGGCGGAUUCUUUAGUGCUGAGCCACUG